GCCCCGGCCCUGGCCCUCCCCCGGCGGCAUGGAGGGGCCCCGCUCCUGACGGCCGCGCCGCCGCCUCGGCCCCCGCCCCCCCUCCCGGCCCCGCCCGCCUGCCCGCCCCCGCUCGCAUGUCCGCGCCGCCUUAGCCGAGGAUGCUGAGGAUGAAGCUGCCGCUGAAGCCGACGCACCCCGUGGAGCCGCCGCCCGAGGCGGAGGAGCCCGAGGCAGACGCACGGCCGGGCGCAAAGGCGCCGCCGCGUCGCCGCCGAGACUGCCGUCCCCCGCCGCCGCCGCCCGCGGGCCCACCGCGGGGCCCCCCGCCGCCGCCGCCGCCACCACCACCGCCGCCUCCGCCGCCGCCCCGGGGGCUAGGGCAGCCUGUUGCUGGCGGAGCAGCGGCGGGGGCGGGCAUGCCGGGCGGCGGCGGAGGCGGCGGGCCCGCGGCGGCGCUGCGCGAGCAGGAACGAGUGUACGAGUGGUUUGGGCUGGUGCUGGGCUCGGCGCAGCGUCUGGAGUUCAUGUGCGGGCUGCUGGACCUGUGCAACCCGCUGGAGCUGCGCUUCCUCGGCUCGUGCCUGGAGGACCUGGCACGCAAGGACUACCACUACCUGCGCGACUCAGAGGCCAAGGCCAACGGCCUCUCGGACCCGGGGCCGCUGGCCGAUUUUCGAGAGCCGGCCGUGCGCUCGCGCCUCAUCGUCUACCUGGCGCUGCUGGGCUCGGAGAACCGUGAGGCCGCCGGCCGCCUGCACCGCCUCCUGCCCCAGGUGGACUCGGUGCUCAAGAGCCUGCGCGCGGUUCGGGGUGAGGGUUCGCGGGGAGGCGUGGAGGACGAGCCCGGCGAGCGCGGGGAGGACGGCGAAGGCGAGGAGGACGCAGAGAAGGACGGUUCCGGCCCGGAAGGCAGCGGCGCCGAGCCCCGGCCCGGCGGCGGGUUGGGCUUCAGGGCCCAGGAGGAACUGCUGCUGCUCUUCACCAUGGCUUCGCUGCACCCGGCGUUCUCCUUCCACCAGCGGGUCACCCUGAGGGAGCACCUGGAGAGGCUCCGCACUGCGCUCCGCGGGGGCCCCGAGGACGCAGAGGUGGAGGUGGAGCCGUGCAACUUUGCCAGCCCCCGGGCCCAGAACGAUUCUGCUCAUGGUGAUUACACGCCAAGUAACGAGGCCAGUUUACUAGAACAAGCCCCAAUACCUCACGAUGGACUUCCUGUGGCACCUCAUAGAACCCAGCGAGAAGCCGUGCACAUUGAGAAGAUAAUGUUGAAAGGAGUCCAGAGAAAAAGGGCUGACAAGUACUGGGAGUACACGUUCAAAGUAAAUUGGUCUGAUCUUUCAGUCACAACAGUAACAAAAACCCACCAAGAACUACAGGAAUUUCUACUGAAGCUCCCAAAGGAAGUGUCUUCAGAGACUUUUGACAAGACCAUCUUAAGAGCCCUGAAUCAGGGUUCAUUGAAAAGGGAAGAACGGCGACAUCCUGACCUAGAGCCCAUCCUAAGGCAGCUAUUUUCCACGUCCUCCCGAGCUUUCCUGCAGAGUCGGCGGGUGCACAGCUUCUUCCAGGCCGGACCGGCCGACCCCCUGCACAGCCUCAAUAACUUACAGUCCUCUCUGAAGACUUCUAAAAUCUUAGAACACUUAAAGGAAGACAGUUCGGAAGCUUCAAGUCAAGAAGAAGACGUGUUACAGCACACCAUAAUCCACAAGAAACACCCCGGGAAAAGUCCCCUCGUGAACACUAUUGGUACAAGUUGUUCUCCAUUGGAUGGGCUCACCAUGCAAUAUUCCGAACAGAAUGGAAUUGUGGAUUGGAGGAAGCAGAGCUGUACCACCAUUCCGCACCCGGAGCACUGUGUGGCCUUAGCUGAUCAGUGCCUACAUCUUCUCUUCUUAAAGUUGACAAAACCGUUUGGAAGUUUUAACAACGUGGACUUUAAGAGAAUACUGUUGAAGCAUUCAACUGAGAAACGAGGCUUAUCGUCAAUAAAUAAGAAGAAAGGAAAGCCACAAAUAGAAAAGGAGAAAAUGAAGAAAACUGACAACAGAUUGAAUAGUAGAAUAAAUGGUAUUAGACUCUCUACUUCUCAACAUGCCCAUGGUGGUUCUGUGAAAGAUGUGAAUUUGGACAUUGGAUCUGGACAUGACACAUGUGGAGAAACCUCUUCAGAGAGUUACAGUUCUCCUUCUAGCCCACGACAUGAUGGAAGAGAAAGCUUUGAAAGUGAAGAAGAAAAAGACAGAGACACAGACAGCAAUUCUGAGGAUUCUGGGAAUCCGUCAACAACCAGGUUUACAGGCUAUGGUUCUGUCAACCAGACCGUCACUGUCCAGCCACCUGUUCAGAUUGCUUCAUUAGGAAGCGACAACGGAGGCCUUUUAGAAGAUCCCCUAACCGCACCCAAGUAUCAGCAUAUUUCUUUUAUGCCAACUUUACACUGUGUCAUGCACAAUGGUGCCCAGAAGUCUGACGUUCCUCCACCCAAAUCUGCCGAUGGCAAGACAAUAGGGAUGCUCGUUCCCAGUCCUGUUGCUAUUUCCGCAAUAAGGGAAUCCACAAAUUCUACCCCUGUUGGAAUCCUGGGGCCAGCAGCUUCUACUGGAGAAUCCGAAAAACACCUUGAAUUACUGGCUUCCCCUUUACCUCUUCCGUCAGCCUUCCUCCCCCACAGCAGCGCCCCCGCUUUACACCUCACAAUCCAGAGGCUAAAGUUGCCGCCCCCACAGGGCUCUUCAGAGAGUUGCCCAGUUAACAUCCCACAGCAGCCCCCCGCGAGUCUGAGCAUUGGAUCACCAAACACUGCCUUUCUUCCUGUCCACAGCCCAGGUAGUUUUCCGGGAUCUCCUGUUGCUACCACGGACCCCAUCACAAAAUCUGCAUCCCAGGUGGUAGGACUCAAUCAAAUGGUGCCUCAAAUCGAGGGAAACACGGGGACCGUCCCUCAGCCUACCAAUGUGAAGGUAGUUCUUCCAGCAGCCGGCCUGUCAGCCGCCCAGCCACCAGCUUCCUACACCUUGCCCGGCUCGCCCCUCGCCGCCAGCGUGCUGCCCAGCCAGAGCUCCAGCGUGCUCAGCCCGGCGGCCACGUCGGCCCCGUCGGCGGGGGCGGGCCUCAGCCAGGCCCCGCCCGCCGGGCCGCCCGCCGUCCCCACCCACACCCCGGGCCCCGCCCCCAGCCCGAGCCCCGCUUUGACACACAGCACUGCGCAGAGUGACAGCACGUCCUACAUCAGUGCGGUGGGAAACACGAACGCUAACGGGACGGUGUUGCCGCCGCAGCAGGUGGGCUCGGGCCCUUGCGGUUCGUGCGGGCGCAGGUGCAGCUGCGGGACCAACGGGAGCCUGCAGCUGAACAGCUACUACUACCCCAACCCGAUGCCCGGGCCGAUGUACCGAGUCCCGUCGUUCUUCACUCUGCCGUCCCUCUGCAAUGGCAGCUACCUCAACCAAGCACAUCAGAGCAACGGAAACCAGCUUCCUUUCUUUCUGCCUCAGACUCCGUACGCAAACGGGCUGGUGCACGACCCGGUCAUGGGGAGCCAAGCCAACUACGGCCUGCAGCAGAUGGCGGGCUUCGGGAGGUUCUAUCCCGUCUACCCGGCACCGAACGUAGUUGCCAACACGAGCGCUUCGGGGCCCAAGAAGAACGGGAACGUGUCAUGUUACAACUGUGGCGUGAGCGGACACUACGCACAGGAGUGCAAGCAGUCGUCCAUGGAGGCCAGUCAACAAGGUAGCAUCUAGUACUUAAGAGCAUUGUCCAUUUGAGCUUGGAAGACACCUUUUUUCAAUUCUACAUACUGAUUACAAAAGAUCUCUAAGGUUAAGGCCGUGAAACCAAAUGGAGGCAAGCUGGGGCAGUAGCUCAACCCCAUAACCCUUCGAUCACUUCAUCUCAAAAGAAUAAAGAAAAAUGCUGACUUUCCCCACCCCGGCGCCCCACCGGAGGGCCCAUUUAUUUUCAGGGAAAUGAGGUGUGGGGGAAUGAGGAAAACAUGGUCACCGUGUCUCUGGACCUUCCUGGCAUGGUGGGGGACUGGCGGCUGGGGGAGGGGUGUCGGGGGACCAGCUAUGACGAGAAUGGACUCUAGUGUCCAAGGGCUGAGAGGCAGGGAUCCACUCGAGGUCCCCUUUACACUGACCGUGCACAGAGGGCAGCACUGUCCUUUCCCAGAGAACGCCCGUUAGCACAUUGGCCGGCGCGGUCUGGAUGCCGAAGGCCGGUCCGACAUCAGCAUUGCAUCACUGCUUACAAUUUGCCGCUCUUGUGCCCAUAACAUGCAAAAGUGACUUUCCCGGCCGUACCUUGAGACAUGAACCAAAUUCUUAAAUUCUUCUUUUGAAAAAUGAGAGGCCUCUGGAUGGGAGUGGGGACACGUUGCCUGAGCUGUGUGCGUGUGUGCAGACUCUGUCCAUCUUGGGAGCACAGGCCUGGAGGCUUCCUCCUGUCUGCUCUGGAAGUUGGGGUACAUCAUUAUGGAGGCAUCGGAGACCCUCCACCUGGCAGUGUACCACUUGGGCAGUGACUGCAGUUCUCCGUCACAGUGCUCUUACCCCCAGGUCCCAUUUUGCUCACUUGGAAUUUGGGUGGGGUGGGGGCGUGCGGUGGGGGAGCGGGGUGGUUCUUCAUUUUUUUUUUUUCUUUUUCUUCUUGCAGCUCCAACUUGAUCCAUGUAAAAGGAGGUCUCAGCCAGCCUCUCGCCAAAAGAAAUUGCUAACUGGGAAGCAGCGCCACCUGGUGGGGGACAAGGACAAUGCAAGCCAGCAGAUGUUCUUUCCCACUGACCUAAUUUAGAGAAAACUGAAUGUAAGACAGAAAACAUUUGAGAUUGUAAGCCUGUGCCCCAAACCUUAAAGAACGCAGGAAGCUGGCCAUAAAAGUAAUUUGAGCAAUCUCCUCUUUCAGUCAUCACAUUCAAAGUUUAUUAUAAACCUUUGAAACACACUGAUGGUGCCUGAUGGUUUCCUCUGCACUUUGUCCCCGUGCUUCUUGGUCAGCACUCUGGGGAGGGUGUAGGAUCUUCCUCCUUCCCAUCUCACAGAUUGGGAACUCGAGGUUCAAAUGGAGUGAGUGCCACAGACACACCGAUGGUGAAGACCAGGCUUCAGAUUCGUGCUUUACCUCCCGUGCCGCUGCCUGCCCUCACAGGUGCGUCUCUGCAGAGAGACCCAUGGUCUUAACGGCCCUGGGGUCUCUGGGUUUCUGAGAGAGGAUAGGGCUGGGAUCCUGGUAGGUCCGAACAUCUCUUUUCUGUGUCUCAUUGAGGGACUUGAAGAUGUGGGAUGAGGGAAACUUUGCAAAGAUCGGAAACCCCGGGACUUUAGGAACUAGCUUCUAAGCAUUUGCCCAUCUCAGGUACAUUCAGGGAGCAGCAACUCUCACCAACAUCCGGGGUUUUAAACAUGCGCAAAUAUCCUGUUGGAGCUCCGAGUUUUUCAUUGUCCUCAGGGGUCUUGAUAAAUUGAGCAGUAUGUGAAUAUUCCAUUAGCUAUAAACUUACAGACCUUCAGAAAUGGGCGAGAUAAAGUAGCAGGGCAAGCAGAAGAGACAGGUAACCACUGGUUGUUGGAAGCUCCAACAUGUAGAUGGUCCCAGGCACUCCCUCUACCAGCUGCAUUCAGUCACAAACAAUCCAAAGGCCAGGAGUGACGGCAGCAAGAUCACCUCCAGGCAGGAACAGUGACGGGUCACACCCACCCCGAAAGCCUUCCUAAAUGCUAAGAAUGCUACCACGUUACCUAACAGUUGCUCAGUGCUCAUUCUUGCCAGCACAUCAGGGUUCGGUCAGGUUUGUCACAGGGUCACUCCGUUGUGUACUGGAUGCUUAAAUCACAUGAACGUGGGGAAGAGCUGACACCCUUCAUGAUUCCACACCACACCACCACCCAGCCACAGUACAUCUAUUUACUUAUGUGUAUAUAUACAGGCGUGUUUACAGGAUGGAGGAAAGAGUUCACUCUGUAAGACAGUUACAAGGAUCUCAUUGGCAAAAUAUAGAGAACACUCAAUGUCUGAUACGUAGUAGGUGCUCAAGAAAUUCAUCGUGGUAGCUGAUACCUUGAGGCCAAGAUACCCUUAGCUCAUUUCAGCAUCCAGCAACUCUCUGAAGUAGGUGUUUUUUGCCCCGUUUUAACAGUUGGGGAAGUGGCACAAAGGCUAACCACGCAGGACACAGAGCAAUUCAGUGACGCACUGGAGUGGAACCCAUGGAUCUUACCCACUGGGCUCCUCCGCUUCUUUGUGCCCACGUCACAGGACUUUUGCAGGCAUGGCUGUGUGAUGGUACAGAUCUUCCUGUGUUGCAGGCCAGCGGGACUCACGGGCGGGCUCGGCCUUAAACUCAUCUUGAACAACUGGCCCUUCCAACCUUUCUUUUUCUUACCCGAAAGCUGAAUGCUUGCUUGGGAAAAGGUAGUAGAAAUUGGACUAGUCUCAAUAUUCUGACUUAAAGCUUGCUUUUUCACUUUAACAGGUUUCUUGAAGGUUUAGAGUUCUUUGCCUUCACCCUUACUUUUGGUUUAACGGACAUGAAGUCCUUGUUGGGUGUGGUCAGGAACACAAACCCCAGCCGUGGCCCUGAACUGAUGGGAGGGGAGACUGUUUUCCAGGUCCUGGCGGGGCGGAGAGCCCUCAGAGCCGACCUCACGGGAGUUGACCGCUAGAUGGCGGCAUAAACAGUUCUGGCUGCAAGGGAUGGGGGGGGGGGAGCGGGGAGCGCCCUUUCUGUUCCUCCUCACCCCUGUCCAGCAGUUGUUCCGUUCUUCUCGGCUUGUAUUGAUAAGUUUUCAUUUGCGAGGCCUUUCGGU